AUGAAACUUAAAGAAGGGGAAUUCACGGCUGCUAUAUAUGGUGCGAUUAAAGAUCAGAAAUAUAAAGAAGCGGUAAACAUGCUAAAUCAACAACUCCUCGUCCAUCCAAGCAGUCGAGCUGCACUUUCAUUACUCGGUUAUUGCUUUUAUCAGCUACAAGAUUUUGUUAGUGCUUCUGAUUGUUACGAACAACUGACUCAACAUUUCCCUGAUAUAGAAGAAUAUAAGUUUUAUUUCGCUCAAUCGCUGUAUAAAGCAGACUUGUUUCAAGCGGCGACUAAAGCUGCAGCUCAAAUUGAAGAUCCAAAUUUUAAGGAAAAACUUAACAAACUCAAUGCUGCUAUACAUUAUGGUGAAGGAGAUUUAUCUGGUUCACGUAGUAUAGUUGAACAAAAUCAUUCUGGUGAUAUUGAUUCAAUUAUUAAUCUUGGAUGUUUAUUCUAUCGCGAAGGAGAUUAUCAAAAAGCUUGCCAACACUUUCAACAAGCUAUACAAAUGACUGGUUUCCAACCACAAUUAUCUUAUAAUAUUGCAUUAUGUUAUUAUCAAAUGAAACAAUAUGCUCAAUCAUUAAAAUAUAUUGCUGAUGUUAUAGAACAUGGAAUAAGAGAUCAUCCAGAACUUGGUGUUGGUAUGACUACAGAAGGUUUAGAAGUACGAAGUGUUGGAAAUACAUUAACAUUACAUGAAACUGCUUUAAUUGAAACGUUUAAUUUAAAAGCAGCUAUUGAAUUCAAUUUAAAAAAUUAUACAUCAGCAUCUGAAGCAUUAACAGAUAUGCCACCAAGAAAUGAAAAUGAACUUGAUCAUAUCACAUUACAUAAUCAAGCAUUAAUGAAUAUGAAUAAAGAACCUGGGAUUGGUUUUCAAAAACUUCAAUUUUUAUUACAACAAGAAACAUUUCCAUUGGAAACAUUUGCUAAUCUUUUAUUACUUUAUAUUAAAUAUGAAUAUUAUGAUUUAGCUGCUGAUGUAUUCGCUGAAAAUGCAACAUUAGCUUAUGAAUAUUUAUCAACGGAUUUAUUUGAUUUUAUUGAAGCUGUAAUUCUUAGACAAACUUCUCCACAAGAUGCUUAUAAUCGUCUUGAUCAAAUGGCUAUUAAACAUACAGAACAAUUAAGACGAUUAACAAAAAUAAUUCAAGAAGCUAGACAAAAUCAAAAUGAUGAAUUAGUUAGAACUACUGUACAUGAAUAUGAUAUGGCAUUAGAAAAUUAUAUUCCAGUAUUGAUGCAACAAGCUAAAAUCUAUUGGGAUAUGGAAAAUUAUCAACAGGUUGAGAAAAUCUUUCGUAAAUCAGUUGAAUUUUGUAAUGAUCAUCCAAUAUGGAAAUUAAAUGUUGCUCAUGUAUUAUUUAUGCAAGAGAAUAAAUAUAAAGAAGCGUGUAAUUUUUAUGAACCCAUUAUAAAACGUCAAUAUACAAAUUUAUUAAAUAUUAAUGCAAUUAUUAUAGCUAAUUUAUGUGUUACCUAUAUAAUGACUAGUCAAAAUGAAUAUGCUGAAGAAUUAAUGCGUAAAAUAGAAAAAGAAGAAGAAGAACUAGAACAACAACAACAACAUCAAGAAGUAGUUCUUGAAGGAGUUGAAAUAGAUCCAUUGAAUCAUCAUUAUUCUAAUAAAAAAUGUUAUCAUUUAUGUAUUAUUAAUUUAGUAAUUGGUACAUUAUAUUGUACUAAAGGGAAUUAUGAUUUUGGUAUUAGUCGUAUUAUGAAAAGUUUAGAACCAUAUCAAAAGAAAUUAGGACCAGAUACAUGGUAUUAUGCUAAACGUUGUUUCCUAUCACUGAUUGAAAAUAUGUCAAAACAUAUGAUUUUAUUAAGAGAUGCUGUACUCAUGGAGUGCAUACAAUUUUUAGAACAUUGUGAAUUAUAUGGACGUAAUAUAAAAGUGAUUAUUGAACAACCAAUUGAACCACAGAAAAUUCAUCCAGGACAAAAUACUAUUACAUAUGAAGCACGUUUAUUAAAAUCACUUCUAUUAGAACUUAUUCAAGGUUAAAAUACAAAGUCAACUAUUUAAUGUUUAAUCUGAAUAACAAGUUCUUUGUUAUUGCUGUCCUCUUUAAAAUGAUUCCUUCCAAUAAAUGUUUAUAUGAUUUGAAGAUGAUGAUGAUGAAGAAGAAGA